AUGUGCGUCAUAAUCGGCGAACACCUCUUCAACACCGCAGCAUUGUUUCCUUCUGGCAAACCUUUGAUAAAGUCAGUAGAGGCCACUGUUGCCUAUAUCGACAACCUCUUCUAUCCUUCAGAUACCGAGUCAACCAUGUUCCGUACCUCUUCUACCCGUGAGCCGGACGAUGUCGAAUGGAGAGCAGCAGACCGAGGAUCGAAUGGUGUUACCCAGCCACCCCUACAUCCCGAGACGUCCAACAACAAACGCAAGCGGCAAAGCAGUUGUUUUUGCGCACCGCAAAUGUUUGGUGGUGGCAUCUUCUUACCGGACCCCUCAACGUAUGACCCUUUGGAAAUACUGCUCAACACGCAUGGCCAAAGCGAGAGAGAUGAGCUUGUCGAAAAAUGGAGAGACAACAAGCUAAGCGAGCUGAACUUUGUUGGUGUCGUGGUAAGUACUGUAUCCAUUGAUGAUGCCGCAUCGCUGACGAUGGUCAAGUCCGCCCUGCUUGCGGGUGUCCUUACCUCGACAGGCAGCUGGCCAAAUAUCCUCACCACCGGCAGGCCCACUCCGUGGUAUGUCCGGACAUCGUGGUACUGUGGCAUCAUCAUCACAAUGCUCUCCAUCAUCAGCGCAGCCGACCAGACCGUGCGUUUACACCGGCUUUCGUCGCACCGCGAUGGCAUCGCCAAUCUUCACAAGCUACUUGGUAAAGGAAGUCGCUGGAAACGAACGGGUCGUCGUGCGCCAAACCUUGUCCAGGUCUUGACUUGGCAGAUGCCAGUCAUGUUUCUCAUAUCCGCGACUAUCUGCAUGGUUGUGGGUAUGUUUCUGCUCGUGUGGAGUGCAACGUCGAAUUUGGGUAAUUCUGGAGGAUUAGACGAUGGGGACAAGGUAUGA